CUUACUUAUUGAAGUCAGUGUGAGCAGCGCACAAACUCAGUGCGGAGCCCAAGAGCAGAGAACGAAGAUCACGAGCCAGCAGAGACAGAGACACACAAACAGAUCCUAAAACAGAUCCGGAGGCAGACAGGCGGGCAGACAGACGGACACUCUGCCGCGGUCAGCUGCUCUCUGGUCGCCGUGAAGCCGCACUGUAACCGCGGACACUGACGCUCGUUUUGUGGACUUACUCCCACCUCUGCGCUUCUCGUAAUUAUGUUUGAUUGUGCGUGACCCUCAUUUGUUUCUCGAACUUUCCGAAAGACCUUCACCUGUGUUGGAUUUACGGGCGAAAUUUUCGGACUAUCUUAACGUUUAUUUUGAAGUGUGUGGGUUUUUUUUUUUUUUUUUAACUCUUUUCGGACGGAGCAACCGUGAAGGCAACACUCGAAUCAGCCUGCGCCAUGGGGGAAAUAACGGGGCUCUGACUAUCCUCCUGACCCGUAAUUUGCACUUUUCUGGUCGUAUUUUUUUUUCCUGUAACAAAGACCCGGACUUGGUCUAAAACAAUGAGUGUGGACGGCUGUGCAUUAAAAGUUUUAAUUUUCCUGUGGUGUCUUCUGGUAAUCUCAGGGUCCAGUUUUGAAAUUGGCUCCUAUGACUUGGAAAGAGGCAGACCGGCCAAGUGCGAGCCCAUAGUGAUCCCGAUGUGCCAGGGCAUCGGCUACAACCUGACCCGCAUGCCCAACUUCAUGAACCACAGUGAUCAGAAGGAGGCAGCCAUCAAGCUCAACGAAUUUGCUCCUCUGGUGGCCUACGGCUGUGAUGUGCACCUCCGCUUCUUCCUGUGCUCCCUCUAUGCGCCCAUGUGCACGGACAAAGUGUCCACUUCCAUUCACGCCUGCAGACCCAUGUGUGAGCAGGCCAGAGAGAGAUGUGCUCCCAUCAUGAAGAAGUUCAGUUAUACCUGGCCUGAUUCGCUUGACUGCUCCAAGCUGCCCACCAGAAACGACCCCAACGCUCUCUGCAUGGAGGCUCCCGAGAAUGAGACCAGGACGGAGGUGAAGAAAGGUGAGGGGAUGCUUCCAGUGCCCCCUCGUCCGAGGCAGCCAGGCAUCAGCAGCAGCCACCCUCCAGGCAACAUUGGCUCCUGCGAGAACCCGGACAAGUUCCAGUUCGUGGAGAAGAGCCAGUCGUGUGCACCGCGCUGCUCCCCUGCUGUGGACGUCUUCUGGUCCAGACAGGAUAAGGACUUUGCCUUCAUCUGGAUGACAGUGUGGUCCAUCCUUUGCUUUGUUUCCACUGCCUUCACUGUCCUGACCUUCCUACUGGAGCCUCACCGCUUCCAGUACCCAGAGCGGCCCAUCAUCUUCCUCUCCAUGUGCUACAAUGUCUACUCUGUGGCCUUCAUCAUCCGUUCGGUGGCUGGAGCUGAGAACAUUGCUUGCGACCGUGAGCAUGGCGAGCUGUACAUUAUCCAGGAGGGGCUGGAGUCUACUGGCUGCACCAUCGUCUUCCUAAUUCUCUACUACUUCGGCAUGGCCUCCUCCAUCUGGUGGGUCAUCCUCACCCUCACCUGGUUCCUGGCUGCGGGAAAGAAGUGGGGUCAUGAAGCCAUUGAAGCUCACAGCAACUACUUCCACAUGGCAGCGUGGGGCGUCCCCGCUUUAAAGACCAUCAUCAUCCUCACGAUGAGAAAAGUAGCUGGAGAUGAGCUGACGGGACUGUGCUACGUAGGGAGUAUGGACUCGGGGGCCCUCACUGGCUUCGUCCUCAUCCCCCUCUCCUGCUACUUGGUCAUUGGCACGUCUUUCAUCCUCACGGGCUUCGUGGCUCUCUUCCACAUCCGCAAGGUGAUGAAGACGGAGGGCACCAACACGGAGAAGCUGGAGAAGCUGAUGGUGAAAAUCGGCAUCUACUCCAUCCUCUACACCGUGCCCGCCACCUGUGUUAUAGUCUGUUACUUCUACGAGCGCCUCAACAUGGACUACUGGAAGCUGAGGGGGCUGCAGAUGAAGUGCAGCUCGUUCAGCGGCCACACCGGCAACUGCUCGUUGCAAACGUCCGUGCCCACCGUGGCUGUGUUCAUGCUGAAGAUCUUCAUGUCACUGGUGGUGGGCAUCACCAGUGGCGUGUGGGUGUGGAGCUCCAAGACACUGCAGACCUGGCAGGGCCUGUGCAGCAGGAAGCUGACGGACAGGACUAGCGGCAGGAAGCCGUGCAGCGGCGUCAGCUGCGGCGGCACACACUGCCACUACAAACCUCCUGCUGUGGUGAUGCACAUGGCCAAGACUGACGUUCACUCAGACAACCCCACACAUGUCUGAGGACACAGCCAUACACCUACAUACACACACACACACACACACACAGAGAGACACAGCUAAUGCCCUGUGUAAGGAGCUGCUAAAGACUUGAUAAGAGGAGUGAUUGAAUUCAACUGGCUGUCACUCCUCUGCUGCUGCCAAAGGCAUCUUUAUGGGAAAGUAGCUCUAAACAGUAUUUAAGGGAUAAAAAGGGAGAAAUGUUCGUGUUGUUCCUUUUUUUUUUUUUUUUCUGUUCAUGCUGUUCUGUUAAGUCAACAAAUGUCUUGCAAAGCAUUAAAAAAAAAAAAAAAGAGAGAGACUGUUAACAGGAGGCACUGCAUCUUUUAGAAUAGUAUUAGUGUUUCUCUUCCCUGAAGGUGGCAUGGUAAACUGUAUAAAUCCGAAUUGUCGUUGUUUUAUUUAUUGUAAAUAUAUUUAAUUUAAAGCUCAUCUUUCCUUUUAUUGGAUGCGUUGUUGUUUAGAUACAUUUAUUAAAGUCAAAGGGAAGUUUAAGUGCCUUCGCUGUAAACUCUGGUUCUGGUCUUUUGGAGGACAAAAUAAAUUUAUGGAGUUUAUGUUCA